AUGGAUCUCAUGCAGCCACGGGCUUCGGAUGACGCGGAUCCCGGCCCGCACAGCGAUAAACCAACCAUCCCUCUCAUCGACCUAGGAGGUUUGGAAGAUGGCGCUGAAGCGCAAGACGCUUUGCAGACUGGAAAAGACCUUGUCAACGCUUUCAGAACGGCAGGUUUUGCUUAUAUCAAGAACCAUGGAAUACCGGAGGAAACUCUGAACGCAGCGUUUCAGUGGAGAAAGACAAAGGCACCGCAUCCUCCCGAAGGGUGGUGGCACCGCGGGUAUUCCGGCAUCGGCCGGGAAAAGGUGUCGCAAAUGAUCUUCGAUGCCGAACAAAUCAGCGAGCUACGAAAGGUCCCCGACUUCAAAGAAUCAUACGAGAUCGGCCGUGAAGAUGACGAUCACCUACCGAAUAUCUGGAUUCCUGAAGAGUCAUUACCUGGUUUCCGAUCAUUCUUCAAUAACUUCUACGAGGUCUGCUACCAGCUUGAGCUCCACCUGCUCCGCGCUAUGGCGCUCGGCAUGGGCCUAAAUGAAGACUUCUUCCAGAGGUACCACGUGAGGAGAGAUAAUCAAAUCCGCCUCCUUCACUACCCGCCGGUAGAGGAGAAGCCGCUGCGCGUUGGCAAAGUCGAAAGGUUAAGCGCCCACACGGAUUUUGGUUCCAUGACGCUCCUCUUCCAGGACGAUGUCGGCGGCCUCGAGGUGGAAGACCCUAACGAGGAAGGGAAAUUCGUGCCAGUGUCGCAUAUCCCGGGGACAAUUGUGGUAAACAUUGGCGACUUCAUGCAGCGGUGGAGCAACGAUACGCUGCGGUCGACCAUGCAUCGCGUGCGAGCGCCGCCGUUGGAUACUAACGAGAGCGGUAGCCGCAUCACCCGGGCUCGGUACUCGAUCCCUUACUUCAUCGGCGCGGAUCAAGAGAAGACGGUGGACUGCAUCCCGGGCUGCUUUGGCCCUGGCAGGCCGAAGAAGUACGGUCCGAUCAAUAGCCGCGAGUACAUUGAGAUGCGCCUGAAUGCGACAUAUUAA